AAAUUGAUCAAAUCACUGCGAACAACGACAUCUAAAUCGACCGUAACCUGUCUUUAUUUAGUAUGUACGUCUUUCGUAUCACUAACGUACUUCAUCAAGCAAUAGCAGUGUCCAAGGAACCAUCAAACCCAUUACUAACUGCACCCUUCGUCUUUCACCAUCUGAAAUCUGAUGCAUACGCCAGUCUAGAUCAACGUCGAGUAUAUCAAGUAGUAUGUUUCUCCUAUCUUUGUAUCUAAAUCCUCCAACUGAGUCCAAGAAUUCUGAAACGCGUAUGUCACCACGGACGACGGGAUUCAUAGCCCUUUUUAGAGCAUUCAAUGGGUGUUGAUUGUAUACCAUGGUACCUACCAUUCUGUACCAAGAUAUGUUAUUCCCUAGUUUGUUUAGAUAUCGCUCGGGACUAAAUGACAACAUACAGCCGGUGGGUUCUUGAAGACGUCUCUAUCGUAUACUUUCACGUAGCCUUUUGUUAAGCGCUUACCGGCUAAUAUCCUCAACAGGGUACUCUUCCCAGCUUUUUCUAUUAGGUAGAUCGCCUAGUAUGGAGAAACUCACCACCGUUAGCACCGACUAGCAUUAUCGUCUAUUUGAUUGAACGAGAAGUUGAGAUCUCUAACCGAUAUCGCUGGAGUCUUCAUCGUUUGUCUCAACAACGACGAUCUCUCACAAAAUUACAGCGAUUGAACAGCAGAAAAAAAGAAAAUUAAAUCCUGAGGAAAUGGACAUUAACUCAGACGUCAGAUUGGUGUUAGGCGUCGCCGCUUUAGACCGCAAAGCGAGAUCUAAACCGAUGAGGUCAAUAUUGAACAGAAUAAUGAAGAUAUCGAACAUUGAAAUUUGUAUUUUUGGUGAUAAAGUCAUCUUAGACGAAGACGUCGAGAACUGGCCUUUGUGCGACUAUCUUGUCAGUUUCUUCAGUGACGGUUUCCCUCUUGAUAAGGCAAUCGAUUAUGUCAACCUUCGCAAACCAGUUUGUAUAAACGAUCUCACUAUGCAGAAACUAUUAUGGGACCGCAGACUAGUUCUCUCAAUCCUCGACUCAAUUGGUGUCGUCACAGCCGAACGUAUCAGCGUAGACAGAGAUGGCGGUCCAAAUAUCGACCCUCAGUUAGCUGAAAUGCUCCAAAAAGAUCUAGGUUUGUCUUUCCCAAAAAAUCCACAUCAACCAGAAGUCAAAUUGCGAGAAGACGGUGAUGCAAUCAUCAUAGACGGACUUGAACUCGAAAAGCCAUUCGUUGAGAAACCAGUAAGCGGCGAAGAUCACAAUAUCCACAUCUACUUCCCAAAAUCACAAGGCGGUGGUGCGAGAAAGCUCUUCCGAAAAGUAGGAAACAAAUCGAGUGAAUUUUACCCGGAAAUUGAAGAACCGCGCUAUGAUGGAUCAUUCAUCUACGAAAAGUUUAUCAACGUUGAUAACGCAGAGGAUGUUAAAGUCUAUACAGUCGGUCCAUCGUUUGUACAUGCAGAAACACGCAAAUCUCCAGUCGUUGAUGGUAUCGUGCGUCGAAACACAGAUGGCAAGGAGAUACGUUACAUAACUGAGCUUACAGCCGAUGAGAAGAAAUGUGCAACUAACAUUUGCAAAGCCUUCAAGCAGAAUAUAUGUGGAUUUGAUCUCUUGAGAUAUGAUGAUAAAGCUUUCGUUAUUGACGUUAACGGAUGGAGUUUCGUCAAAGGAAAUGACUACUAUUAUGACAAAUGCGCAGAGAUUCUCUCCACAUUUUGCCGCAAGACCGCUCCAAAGAGACCAAUUACAGCUGUCCAUAACAAUUCACCAAGAGAUAAGAGCAGCUGGAGACUAAAGGCAAAUGCCACUGUUGUCCGUCAUGCUGAUAGAACACCUAAGCAGAAAAUCAAAUUCAGUUUCCAAGCCUCCGAGAAAUGGGCCCAACCAUUCAUACGUUUGUUGAGAGGUGCAACAGAGGAAGUCAUCCUCCGCCGUGCUGAACAGCUUAACUACAUCACUGAAGCAGCAGAUGAAGCAGUCAAACUUGGUUGUAACGAAUUGGAAAAAUUGGAACAACUCCGUAUCGUCAUUUCUAAGAAGAUCGAUUUGCCCGGCACAAAAGCCCAGUUGAAGCCAAAUUUCAACAAGAAUGAUGGUGUUACACUUGAAAAACUAGCUUUGGUAUUCAAAUGGGGUGGUGAAUUUACUCAUGCCGCUCGCUAUCAAUCGAGAGAUCUAGGAUUUAGUUUUAGAGGUGACGCCAUGAUAAUGAACAAGGAUAUGUUAGAGAAUUGUAAGAUAUACUCUAGUUCAGAGAGGAGAGUUUUGGCAUCAGCUGAAAUAUUCGCCGCUGCAUUCCUCGAAGACCCUGAGAAGAGGAAGGAAGGCAAGGAACCAAUCACCCAUCCUCUCAUAGUCAGGAAAGAUCUUCUUGAUGAUAGUAAUGCAGGAAAGGACAUGAUGGAUUUCGUCAAAAAGAAACUCAAAACGCUUCUCAGACCUGGUGAAAAGGAGAAGAGACCACAGUUUCAAUGGCCAAAGGAUCUUAAAGGAGAGCCUGUUGAAGUAGUAGCUGAAAUAAUAGAAUUGAUGAGGUACCAUCGCGAUGUUAUGAGGAGCAACUUCGAGAAUCUUGAAGUCGAUAAGAUACAAACGAGAUGGUGCUGUAAUGAGCAUCCACUCUUGUUCAAAGAGCGUUGGGAGAAACUCUUUGACGACUUCUGUGAGAGCACCACCCAAGAAAAGUUCGAUCCUAGUCGUAUUUCUGAGUUAUACGAUUCGCUCAAGUAUGACAGCUUGCAUAACAGUGUCUUCCUCAACACUAUUUUCAGACCUGAUGGCAAACAAGACCCUAAUGAUAGACGUCUCCACAGUCUUUACGGGCAUGCGAAGGCUCUAUUCGAUCUUAUCGCACCACAAGAGUAUGGUAUUGAAGCAGAGGAGAAGGAACAGAUCGGUAUUCUAACAUCCCUGCCACUUCUCAAAAAAAUAGUUCAAGAUCUCCAAGAAGCGAGGGAUGCAGAGAAAGGAGCAUUCUCUAUUUACUUUACGAAGGAGUCACACAUUCACACACUUGUACAACUUGUUCUAUGCAGCGGCCUUCCGAUUACGAUGCCACACGUUCCUGAGCUCGACUACGUCGCUCACCUCACUUUGGAGCUAUACGAGCGAAGCAUAGGAGGUGCACAUCGUGAGAAGGAAUAUAGCAUCAGAUUAGCACUUUCUGGUGGUGCACACACAUCCAAUGUCCUUGACUCACAAUUAGAUGCAAAGCACUCGCUCAAUGUUCAACCUAGACGUCAACUGACUCACCAUCUGGAUUAUGACCACGCAAUCAAGAUGCUUUCGAAGCACUUCGACAAAGAUUGGGUAUUUUCGACGACGCCUCUCGAAGGUGAUGCUUUAUAUGGAAUUAAGGAUGACCACAUCGAGCAGAUUCGUGAGGUGAGACUCAACGGCGGCGCUAGCACGCCUAGAAAACAUGAAAGCUUCGGUGAUGACUCAUCAACUAAGUCUGGUACUUCUCAAAGUUUUUAAAUUAUGGAAUUGUACUUUAGGUUUCUUUAUCAAUGCAACUCAUAUUUAUUAGCAAUGUGGUAAAAUUUUCAGAUUGAAUCACC